UUUGGUAUAUUUCGGGAGAUAUGUUCAGGACAAAUUUCUUCUGCUCAGCCAACCAGUUUGCUUUAGAAAGUUCCAGCGAUCAUUAUCUCAGAGUCGGGCUCAUCAACUCUGACUGAUCGUGCUCAUCAUGGAGAAGGGAAUGGCAGAUGCAUACAUGGCUCAGGCCGCUGGAGAUGCGGCAUCAUCUGCUACAAGAUCAGUAUUUUUUGACAGAACAAUGCUUACAUCAAAGGAAGUUCUCUUAAAAAUUGCAGAAAUGGUGGUGUGCGUGAUUGGCACCAUCUGCGUGGCGUGCGCGAGCAACCCGUAUGUCUCCCAAGCGGGUUUCUUCGAGUUCGUGGCCUCGACGGGGAUCAUAAUCGCCAUCAUCCUAGCCGUGCUGUACGUGUUCCACCUGCGCGAGAAGCUGGCCGGGCUGCUGCGCCUGAAUGUCGUGGAGAUGUUCUACGCGGGCAUCUGGUGCUUCUUCUUCUUCGCCGCUUCCACUGCGUGCGUCGUGCACGGCAGCUCCUAUAUGUACCAGGAGGCACUGAUCGCGGCCGGCUUCUUCGGCUACAUCGCCAUGGUGCUGUACGGGAUCGACGCGUUCCUCAUGUUCCACGCCUGGCGAACGGCCCGAACCAUGACCGCCGAGCCGACAACCCAGCAGGUCACCACGCCGGCGUACUAGUGACGCCUCGUCCGGCCGCCCCGCAACUUGUAAUGUCGCCGCUGACCUACCAGGCUACCAGUGACGUCACGUCCGAUCGUCGCGUACGCUGGCUUCAGACCCUCCGACGCCGUCAGCCCAGCCAAUGAGCGACCGCGUCAAGCCAUCUAGCGGCGACCGGCAUCACACGUGACCUGAUGGUGGUCUUGGGUGCGGCAUCUGCGUCCCAGUCCCCCGCGCGGUUCCUGCCACGGGCCCGAGACUUGUUCCUCUGGCGGUUUAGCGCCUUCCCCUGUGUUUUUGAUUGACACUUAAAGAGUUUGAAUAGCGAGUUUAUUUGGCGGUUUCGGAGGUCAGUUGCCGGGUUUCCUGGUCGCCCUGUUCGUGAGGGCCAUCGGUUAUCAAGGUCUCUUAAAGACGUCAUAAAACGGCCAGUAUAAACCCAUGUGCUGUUGGCUGUUGCUCAGGACCGAACCUUGUUUAGCCUCCCGAUGGCUGCAAUUAACACAUUCCAUUUUGCAACAUUGUUUUUUAGGUAGACUGUUGCGGUCUGUCACUGGUGAUUCGUGGCAUUUCGUUGCAGAUAGCUAGAUGCCUACAUUUAGCACAGUUGAGAAGCGUUUUUCUCGUGGCGCGGACAGUCUCAAACCGACCAGUAAUUGGCGUGUUGCAAUACUUUUUGCGCCAAGUAGUGGUGGAUUAACAACGGCGUCGUUACUCCAUUGGCACUGUGUUUUUUUUGACAGGAAUACGACUGAAGGUGCUUUAAUCGAUCUUUAAUCCCUUAGCAUUAGUUCGGACCAAUGGAAAGUAUAGGUCUGCACUCGCGCAAUAGUUGACUCGGAAUACUUAAGUCAAUAUUUAUGAAAAUAGGAAUAGUGGGUGCCGAGAACCUAUCCGCGGCUUUAAAACAGCGCUUGACAUUGAACAGUAAUUGCAGCAUGCCAUGAAAUGACUCAUGUUAUGUGAGCUGACCAUUUCUGGCAUUGGGGUCAUGUGUUGCGGGAUGUCCAAGACAGUUUUCAGACAGACAGACAGUAUUCAGUCACCUUUCAGUUUGCUAGAGCUGGGGGGGGGGGGGGGG